AUGAGCGAAACACAGAUCACCGAAGACGAUCUUCUCAACAACGAGGAAAUGACUGAAGAUGACACUGAUCUUUCAGCAAUUGAAGGCGAGAUGGCCGAGAUCGAAGAGGAGCAGCGCAAAUUGAAGGCGAUCCAAAGUGAACUUGUGGGACAAAUGAACCUUACACAAGGAAGCAACAGCUCAACAACAGUGUUGUCGGCUGAGGAGAAGGCUGAAGUCGACUCGAAGUCAGUGUACGUGGGAAACGUUGAUUAUGGCGCGACGGCGGAGGAUAUCGAGCAGCAUUUCCACGGAUGUGGCUCGGUGGCUCGUGUCACAAUACUCUGCGACAAGUACAGCGGCCAUCCAAAAGGCUUCGCCUAUGUUGAGUUCACCGAGAAGGAUGGAAUGAAGAACGCUCUUGCCAUGACAGACAGCUUGCUUCGCGGUAGAACGAUUAAGGUGGAGCCAAAAAGAACGAACAAGCCAGGAAUCUCAACAACGAAUCGGCCGCCAUUCCGUGGACGUGGCAGGGGACGCGGAGGUGUCGUUAUCAAAUAUGUCUACACUGGUGGAUUCCGUCCAACUAGAGGACGUGGAAUUAGAAGAAGACCUGGAUUCGCUCCAUACUAA